CGUACUUACCGUUUCCCCGACUCCUCUGUUACCUUUGCGAUAGCCUGGGCGUUGUGCGCUUUCCAUGGAUCUCGGAUUCCCAUCGUACGACGAACCUAGCCCUGGCUGGGGCUCGUCAGACCCGGCGAGCACCGGAGACAUCAUUCAGGAUGCAAUCAAGAAGGAAAGGCUCGUAAAAGAGAUCACUGCAGCGCAGGAGAAUCUACGAGCUCUGCUAGACAGGGUACGCAGCGUCCAGGGAGACGUGGACAAGCUCUUGUCCGAGAACGAGACGUUGCAGAUGUACAUCGACAAUCUGACAAUGCAGAUGGCAAAGCGCCGCUGAAGUCUUACAUGAAACGUAUAUCAGACGGACGAUUGUUGUUCUCACAUGCAGGACUUGUCCCGGAUUGAACGCUGAGAAGUCGUCCAGUCGUUUGUGAACAUUCGCACCAGCCUGGAUGUAUAGAAAUAACGUUGAUGUGAUAUCUGACCCAAGUUACAGUCAAUCCCACAACCUAGAAUCACUACUACACCCCAGUUACCCAUACCACCGACGGGGUGCAUCCAGGUUGGCUUUCCUCGACGUCUCCACUAUGCACAUGCUGAAUACAUGCAGGUAUUCUGGCUAGCUGCGCUGCGAGUGUUUGAGUGGUAGGACGCAUUGAGACGUCGAUUCGACGAUUGCACUUAUACCGGGAAGGUGCGUAUUGGCGCCCUCGGCAGGCUCAGUUGGUAUUGAGGU